CGUACUUUGCUUAUAGCUUUAAAGCUACUCCCCAGACACGAGUUUGAUCCUGAGUUGGGUGUAGCGGGGGCACCGGCAGACCUCCACAUUCACACCAGGUCCAUGUCUCACGAGAUGUUGAGACACUGAGACGGGAUGCCGGCCUUGGAUGGAGUUUGACUGGGCCGUACACUGCCUAAGGUCCUGAUAUGUGCUGAAGAUGAGCGGCAUAGGAGACAACCCGCUGGAGCCGCUGUGCUCCGAUCGCAAACGUAAACUGUCCAGCUGUGACACGCCGGGCCUAGGCAGGUGUGACAAGCGUCGGAGGGAGCAGGAGAGCAAGUACAUCGAAGAGCUGGCGGAGCUCAUCUCUGCCAACCUCUCCAACAUCGACAGCUUCAACGUCAAGCCUGACAAGUGUGCCAUACUCAAGGAGACCGUGAGGCAGAUCAGGCAAAUAAAAGAGCAAGGAAAGAGCUCUUGCAGUGACGAUGACGUGCAGAAGGCAGACGUGUCCUCUACCGGCCAAGGGGUCAUUGACAAGGACCAUCUGGGGCCACUGCUCCUGCAGGCGCUGGACGGCUUUCUGUUCGUGGUCAACCGGGAGGGCAGCAUCGUCUUUGUGUCCGACAACGUGAAGCAAUACCUGCAGUACAAGCAGGAGGAGCUGAUCAACACCAGCGUGUACAAUAUUAUCCACGACGAGGACAGGGACGAGUUUCACAAGAACCUGCCUAAGUCUGGCGCGCCAAACGGGGCUCCUUGGGGUGGCGAUGUGCCCCAGCAGAAAAGCCGCACCUUCAGCUGUCGCAUGCUGGUGAACCUGGUUCACGGUCAGAGCCACGGGCUUUCUGAAGAGAGACCAGGGGGGAAGCGUUAUGAGACGAUGCAGUGUUUUGCCCUCACUCAGCCCCGGGCCAUGAUGGAGGAGGGAGAUGAUUUACAGUCGUGUAUGAUCUGUGUAGCGCGGCGCAUCACUGCCGUUGAGAAGACGGAGAGGUUUAGCACUCGUCAUGAACUCUCUGGUAAGCUGAUUGAAAUCGAACAUCAGAGCUCCCUGCCCGCCACCAUGCUUCCAGGGUGGGAAGACCUGGUCAAACGCUGCAUGCAGAUGUUCCUUCAUAGAAGUGAAGGACAGCCGUGGUCUUACAAACGCCACUAUCAAGACGCUUUCCACAACGGACACUCGGAGACACCCCUGUACCGCUUCUCUCUCUCUGACGGGACCCCGGUCACGGCUCAGACCAGGACGGAGCUCUGCAGGAGCCGCAACACGAACGAGCCUCACUCUUUCCUCUCCACCCACCUGCUGCAAAGGGAGCACAAUGCUUACCGUGGGACACAGAGUGGCCCCAUGAGGCCCCAGAGCAUGGGCGUGAACAAUCCCAACCAGCAGGUGAACAUGGGCCCAGGGGGACACAUAGGCAUGAACAGGGGGUACGGCAUGGCGGAGCAGGGCAACAUGCCACAAAGAGGAGUCCCCCCUUACUCUGGGGGCGGGCGCAUGAAUCCUAUGAACCAGAUGAACCCCAUGCAUCAGAUGAACCAGAUGCAUCAGAUGAACAACCUGGGUCAGAUGAAUCAAAUGAGCUCCAUGCAUGCCAUGAAUUCAAUGAACCAAAUGGGGUCCGUGAACCAGAUGAAUCAGAUGAGCCAUCAUGGCAUGCAGCAGCAGCAGCAGCACCAGCAGAUGGGCCAGUUCCAUGGAGGCGGGGCGUACGGGAUGGGCAUGACCAGCCCUACCCAGGCCAGUCCAGGGAUCAAUGGUCCGCACAGCGUCAUGGGUUCCCCCAGAGUCCGGGGAAGCCCCAAGACAGCUGCCAGUCCCUUUUCUCCUGGAGCUUUGAGCUCGCCCAUGAGCUCCAGUCAUGCUGGGAACUCAGGAGGCGGAUCAGGAGGAGCCAGCUACUCCAGCAUCUCAUUAAACGCCCUCCAAGCCAUCAGCGAGGGGGUCGGUAACCCAAUGCCCGCCUCUCUCACGUCGCCACCGCCCCACAGGCCGGACAGUUCCCCAAGCAUCAACUCCACCAACCAGGCAGCAGGGGGACCCUGUAAAGCAGGCCCCCCGCCGUAUUCAGAGUCCAAGAGCCCGGGGAGCUCACUGGGGGCCGCCGGGGAGCAGCAGUUGCAGCAGCACCCACACACCCCGACCACCGAGGGCCCCCCUGACAGGCCAGACAGCCAGGCUUGUCUCGGUGGGGGAGAGUCCGGCCGGCGGGCCCCUGACAAGUGCAACAGGAAGCUUCUACAGCUCCUUACGUCCCCUACGGACGACCUGGUGCCGCCGAAUCAAACGCUAGGCUCCGCACCCACUUCCACUCCUGACGCCAAGGACGGAGGCCCCGGAGUGACCAGUCCUUCCUCUACGACAGGAGUGUCUUCCUCCACGAAUGGGGGUCACGGCGCCGUGUCGUCCUCCGGGGGCACGAGCCAGUCUCUGCAGGAGAAGCACAAGAUCCUUCACAAGCUCCUGCAGAACGGGAACACGCCCGACGACGUGGCCCGCAUCACAGCCGAGGCCACGGGCAAGAGUAGCCUGGAUUCGGGGACCCCUGACCCGGGUCUGCCAGCCACUACGGGGGGAAAGGGAGCCGAAUCCAAGAAGGAGCAGAGCAGCCCCAAGAAGGAGAAACCCCGCCCCCUCCUUCAGUACCUGCUCAAUAAAGAUGACUCUAAAGAAGGUGGCGACGUAAAGCCAAAGCUGGAGGAUUUGGACAGGAGAGGAACAAAGGGGGUCGGGGUCACCAGCUCGGGCCCUCACGGCAUGGAUGGGAAGGUGAAGCUGGAGCCGUCUGACGAGACGGAGACUCUGGAGACCAUCUUGGGUGUUCCACGGAGCAACUCUGGCUUCUAUCCUGAACCGGACUCCAGAGCCGGAAAGGAAGCAGGAAACAAGCAGGGGGCCGUUUCUGACGGGUUACUCGACGGGGAAAGGGUCUCGGGCCUGCCGGCACAGCGCGCGCCCUUUCAGAGAGCCUUGUCUCUGGACGCUAAGCCCAUGGACGGAGAGAUGGGAGCCGGAGGUGGGCUGGCGACAAGGAGGAACGUCCCCUGUCCAUCGCUGGUUAAACAGGAGAGCAUGGACCCCUCGAUACGACCCGGAGCUGUGCCCAAUGGCUUUCCUGGAGGCAUGGGCGUGUGUCCGCCACGGGGGAACGCAACAAGAGGCAUGGGCAGAGGUAUCCAUCAGCGGCCUCCAAUGGCAGCGGCGGGGGAAUGGGGGCUGCAGAGGCCCAACAGCAACCCCGUGACCGGACCAGGACACCCAGGCAUGGCUCGCUCUGCCCAGAUGGGGGUACCCAUAAUGAACCGCUCCAACAGCGUCCCAGCAAACCCCAGAUCCAUGCUGCAGCAGCAACUCAUGGAUAUGGGUAAUAAUGAAGCUGGUAUGGCCAUGAGCCCAUUUGGUGCCAACGGGCCUCCUCCUCGGUCUCCCUCCUGGCCCGACGCUGCCAUGGGAAUGGACAGACCGCAAAAUUGUUCAAACAGGGACACGUUUGUGCAUCCCCUUGAGGAGCUCCUGGGGACCCUGCCUGGUAACGAUGGUCCACCUGAUGACCGGGCUCUCCUGGACCAGCUGGACUCUCUGCUAAAAACUGCUGACGUCAUCGCUCUGCAGGAGAUAGAUCGGGCCCUGGGAAUCCCUGAAAUAGUAGGCCAGGCCCAGGGACCUGAAGGGCCUCAGCAAUGCCCGGAUCAAGUCCAGGGGCCGUGCCUCCCAACAGAGCCCUUUGCGAGUCUGGACUCCUCGAUGAGCUUGGACCAGAAACCCAUGUAUGGCCUGGCCUACCCCGGCCCCCCGGCGAUGGGAAUGCAGCCUGGUUACGCUGGUAAUACGAUGCAGGGCCAGUCCCCUGGAAGCUUCAACCCCAUGAUGAAUCAAAUGGGCCAGACGGGAGGCUUCCCUGGCAUGGGGGCCAUGGGGGCCAUGGGUAACCCCCGCGCAAACAUGCAGAGGCCGCGUAUGAUAACCGCCACCAAGCCUCUCCGCCUGCAGCUGCAGCAGAGGCUGCAGGGACAGCAGUUUAUGAACCAGGCACGACAGGGCAUGAAAAUGGAGAGCGUCCCUGGAGGAGGCCCUGCCAUGCGCUCAGCCAUGCAGCCCGGCAUGCAGCCAGCAGGGAUGAGCGGUCAGGUACGCACUCAGCACUCUGCGUCUCGUUCUGCGUUACUGAACACAGCGCGUUUGAUGGUGAACGGAGUCACUGCAGGGUUUAUCGUUUGUUUGCAGCCUGGCUUCCCGACUCCCCAGAUGAUGGCCCAGCGCAACAGGGAGAACAUGAUGAGGAGGCAGCGGAUGAUGAUGCUAAUGCAGCAGCAGCAACAGCAGCAGCAGAAUCAAGCAGCAGCAGCAGGCGGCUUCAGUCCUCCUCCCAAUGUCACAGCACCAGGGGGCAUGGAAGGCCCCAUGGGAGGGCCCCCCAUAAAUCCGCCUGGACAGCAGGGUUUCACCUACGGGAGUAACUACGUGAUGAACCAGCAGGGGGAGUCAACGUUCAUGGCUCCCGGGAGCAGCCCGCCGGCAAAUAUGAUGCAAAGCCGAAUGGGAGUUCCUCAGCAGAACACGAUGAUGGCUAUGAGGCAGGGGAAUCCCCAGGGUGGGCACAUGUAUCCAUCCGGAGACAUGAAAGGCUGGCCGCAGGGAGGAAUGCCACGUAGCAACCCGUAUCCUCAGCAACAGUUCCCCCAGCAGGCCAGCCAGGGCCAGUUUGGACCCAUGAUGAUGAACUCUGCGAUGAGCGGGCCCGGGCCGGUCAGUGGCUCCGCCACAGGACAGAUGGCCCAGAUGCCGGCUCAGAUGCAAGGCCAAAUGGGCAUGAACCCUAUGGGAAUGAGCAGACUCCCAAUGGGACCUGAUCAGAAGUAUUGCUGAGGACCUCUAAGCGGACUCUUUCAGCUGGGACGGCCUGGGCUGGACCGGGACGCACAGACAGUAGAUAUCCCCACCCCCCCCCCUGCUAAAGAAAGUAGAAAUGAUCAGAAGACUGGCUACAGUGCGUGGUGACAGGCCAUUGUUCUGCCAUCACAGAAGUGGGCCACAGAGGCUACUUUGUGUAACGUUUCAUCCAAGUUUUGGAGCCUUGGAAGCACAAAGACGACACCACCACGCACACGUGUGUGUGAGUGUGUGUGUGUGUGUGUGUUGGGGUGGUUAACCUGGAGCUGUCGGGCAGUGUUCGGCACCACAUGCCAGCAUACAGAACAGGACUACGGUACAACUGGCUGCGGCUGCACUUUACCAGGAAGCUUCUCUGUUUCUGGAGGGGGAAAAAAGGUGGAUGCAAUAUUCCUUCAUCUUUACAGCCUUACUAGAGAUUCAAUGCCUUUUACAACCGUAUCUUUAGGUUUUGAUUUUCCCUUAGCCUUUGAAUUCACCUCAUCGUUAAGUCAUUGAAAGCUAUAAGCAAACGGUUUACUAAUAAUGUUAUGCAGAUUGGAGCAAUAAUUCUUGCCUCUAUGCUUUUUCGACUGUAACUGAGCGUCAUUGUCCAUGUUAAAAAAAAAAAAAAAGAAUGGUACUGCAGUAUUAGAGGUCUCACAUGUCUUCUGUGAAUAUGAAUUGUAAAUAGUUGAGAAAUAUAUAUCAAACCUGCUUUUUAUAGGCCCAUUCUUGCACAAAAAGAUGAGACCUGGUUGUAUUUUUGUGUCCCAUAGGUCAAUGCUGAUGUGGAUGAUUUUAUUUUAUUUUAAAACCAUUUUCGACUCCUUUGGGUUCCUGUUCUUGUCGUUUUCUGAAUGCUUUUUAAAUUCCCUUUAAAAAGUCUGUAUGUCAUCUUUUAGCAAGGCACUUUUUUUUAGAAGCGAGGAGUAUCUGACGGGUUGAAAGUCUCUGCUCUGACGCAGGUCCGAGGUUUUCCAGGAAGUUGGUAAAAGUGACGGAACAAAAAGAGAUGAACUAGUUAAAGUGAGUCGAUCUGUUAGGUUGAGACUCUCUCCUCCGGCUGCAGUUUUAGUUCACGCCAUCUUAGCUUUGACUGUUAUAGACUGGCAGGAUCUACCUUUUCAGCACGCGCAAUCCAAAGAUAUUUUUCCACAUCUGUGUAUAGUUUGAGCUUUCUGAUGUACAUUUUUUUACAAGAUGUGUUAUCUAUUAUUGGAAUGGUAAAUGGGUACAUAUCAUGGAUCUGUAAAAGCAAAAAAAGGAAAAAAAAAAAAAAAAAGAGAGAAGAAAACAUAGGACGUUUCUGGAGGAAAUCUCUGAGCCCGGCAGAGGGAAGAGGACCUGAAACUUUGAACUUGCUGGAAGUUUUUUUUUUCCUUCCAGGAAACAAAAGCAUGUUUUGCUGUGUUCAAGAAAUACCAAUGGAAUGACAUCCACUUAGAAACAUAUCAAAUAUUUCUUCUAUUUUUCAGGAAGCAGCAUUGUUUAACUGUCCAGAUUUUGUUACUUCAAGAAAAAGGAACUUUGUAGAGUUGAAUGAAGUACAAGAGGAAAUAAAAUGCUUCUUUUUUUUUUCUUUUUUUUUUUGUUUGGAGGUGGAAUAAGCUGACAUUUUACGGGAUGUAUAUUACAAAUUCUUCUGUUGAUGUUGAUAUUGUUGUAAAUACAAAUUUAUAUUUAAACAUU